AUGAUUUCCUACUACGAGAUUCAGGACUCCCGCCAACCGGCCACCCCCAUCUCUCCCCCCACCUACCAGGCCAUCAAGGGUCACGAACACACAUCCUACCAACCUAUCCAAGACCCCGAGAGCGCAGCCCGGUACUGGCAAGACCUAUUUCGCCCCGUCGGAGCCCAACCCCAGCUCCACUCCUUCCCUCUCGACCACCAAUGGCCUCGCUCAGAAACAACCAUCAGGGCCCCUGAGCACCUCUUCGAAGCCGCUCUGGAAUUCAGCGGCAGAUACGACAUUCGGUUAGACGAUCUGAUUUACGGGAUAUGGGCCUUGGUGUCCAUUCGACACACGGCUGGCGGCCAACGCACCGCCAUCUUCACGGUUGCUGGCCGGGAUCGCUCAUUUUUCGGAUACGACGCAGUGAAUGGUCUGGAGGGCCAGGAUUUCCCCCUCGUUUUGUCCGUGCCAGAGGAGAUGGAUGCUCUAUCGUGGAUCCGUCAUGUUGGAACCGUCAGCGCCAAAGCCUCGACGCAUGCAUACAUUGGCUACAAGCAGAUUCUUAAGAGGACGUCGGCAGGACACCCGCAAGUCAAGGUGUCGAUUAUCCAGGAUGACAGUGAAGAAGAGGUCAUGACAGCCGAUGCCGACUUCCCCUUGGUGCUCAACUUGUCUGCCUCGUCGGGACUGAAGCUGAGCAUGCGCCAUAACCUGGCUGUUCCCCGGACAAACGUGCGCGUCCUUCUGGAUCACUUUGCAGCCACUCUCCAACAUGUGGUGGAGAACCCUCAAUCCAACAUCUCGGCCUUGAAUAUCACCUCCCCCGCCGAGAGACAGUUGAUACACGAAUAUGGCAAAGCCGCGAUCCGGGCACGCAGCGGGCUGGUGCAUUCGCUGAUCGAGAAACAGGCCCGGCUGAGGCCUGAUGCCCACGCCAUCCAGUUCGAACUGGAUACCCCCAUCUCCUAUUCCACUCUUAAUAAACGAUCGAACCAGUUAGCUAGGUAUCUUCGCCAAUAUGGAGCGUCUUAUAUCCCGGUGCACAUGCGUACAUCGGCUGACUUUAUCAUCGCUCUCCUCGCCAUCUUGAAGGCCGGCGCUGCCUAUGUGAUCUUGGAUCCGGAUGCGCCAGCAACUCGCAAGUCCUUUAUUGUUGAGGAUGUCCAUGCUGAUUUUGUGCUGGUGGACUCGGAUACUGCUGGCACGUUUCCUCGCGAACAUAAGGUGAGGGAUCUUCUGAGUGAGUCCAUGGGCAACGAUGAGAGCGACCUCGCCAUCGAUCAAGAUGCCAACGACGUUGCCUACGUGAUCUACACGUCCGGGUCUACUGGAAAACCCAAGGCAGUUUUGCUGGAGCACCAGGCCGCAUACAAUGGUCUUUUGGCUUUUCCCCGAAUGACUGAUUUGCGCCAGUUGCUCUUUUUCAACCCGGUUUUUUCGGCGGCCCAGCGAUCCAUCUGGGCCACUCUGAGUGUGGGUGGGUGCUUGUGUCUGGCUAGCAAGGCCAAUCUUACGGUCCAUAUUGCACGAACGAUCAACAGCAUGCACAUCAGCUCGGUCGACAUGACCUCGACUACUGCAGCCCUGCUCUCGCCGGAGAGUGUCCCCUCUCUUCGACGCAUGGUGCUGGGAGGCGAGCUGGUGAACCCGGCGGUGGUGCAAACCUGGGCACACCGUGUGGAGCUCCUCUCGUCCUACGGCCUCAGCGAAUGCACCCAGCUCAACUGGCGCUACAGACUGCAGGGUGACCAGAGUUCGCGCAUCAUCGGACAGCCAUUCGACACCACGACCUCGUAUAUCCUCACCCCUGGAACCACCACCCUGUCACCACUCCUCAUCCCGGGAGAGCUCUGCCUUGGAGGUGCCCAGCUGGCCCGGGGAUACUUGAACAACCCCGAUGAAACAGGACGGCGCUUUAUCCCGAACCCGUUCGGGCAGGGCAAACUCUACCGAACCGGCGAUAUGGCAGUUCGUCAUGCGGACGGGUCGAUUGAGAUGAUCGGACGAAUUGAUUUCCAGGUGAAGAUCAACGGACAGCGCGUUGACCCGGCCGAGCCCAACGCGGUGAUUCAAUCCUUCGAGGAAGUCAAGCAGUCGGCCGUGGUUCCGGCCACGCUGGGCGGCAAGACAGCCCUGGUGGCCGUGAUCGUGAGUCGCGCCGACGGCGACUGGGAAUCUCUGGUCGGAAACCUUCGCUCGUACGUGGCGACCAGAGUGCCGCUUUACAUGGUUCCUGGAUUCUGGAUUCCUAUGGCUGCCCUGCCUCUCAACGCUAAUGGAAAGGUCGACAUGCCGGCCAUUCGCAAGAUCGUCGAGGAUCUCGGUCAAUCCGGUCAACUGAUGCCCGAUCGGCCGAAGCACGAGACAAACGGAGUCAGCCUGACUGAUAACGAGAAGGUUAUCAGGAGUGUUUGGGCAAGGUUUUUGUCUUUUUCUGAAUCGGACAUCUCCUCCGAGGACUCGUUCAUCUCGUUGGGCGGCACAUCGCUUGAGGCUAUCCAGGUCGUGUCGCAACUUCAAACCGAGCAUUCCUUGAUCCUACGAGUUGAGGAUAUCAUUCUUGCCCACUCAUUGUCUGAUGUUGCGAGCCUCAUUCAACAGAAGCCCGGAGCCAAGGUGGUCAACGGUCAUGCUGCCCCCUUUGCGCUGCUUCGCGAGACCCCCUCCCUGGAACGCUUCGGCAUCAACCUCGCUGAAGUCGAAGAUGCUUUCCCCGUCACGCCGUUCCAAGAAGCCAUCAUCGCCAACACGAUGAUGGGGGGUACUAAGUACAUCUACAGUCGCUCUUACAGCUUCGCUGGACACAGCUACGAUGCUGUCAGGAAUGCCCUGGUGUCGUUGAUGAAAUCUGAAUUGUUCCUUCGAUCGACAUUUGUCCCAGACGGGGUUUCAUUCAUGCAGGUGGUUCAGAAAACUGCAGACCUCCCCUGGGAGUCUUCUCAGAUGGAUCUGAAAGCGUACAUGCAAGAACAGAUCUCCAAGCCAAUGCAGGCCGGCGGACUGUGGUGGAGAGCCGCUGCAUUGCCAGGAAACAUCCUGGUCAUCACCAUCCACCACGCCCUCUUCGAUUACUGGUCCAGCGAGUUCCUCCCGGAGGACCUCACGUCUCUCCUUCUGGGAUCAGCUCCCGCUCAGCGACCUGCUUUCAGUCGCUAUGCGGAGCACCAGCAGCAACACGACGAGGUCACCAUGCAGAAGUUCUGGAAGGGGUAUCUUGAUGGUGCGGUGCCUACUCGGCUUGGAUCUCAUACCGAGCACCAGACCAUGGUGGCUGCUAAUUUGGGUAAUGAUAUGAAGGCCACAGCAUCCAAUCUCAAGGUCACUCCUAGCAUGCUUCUGUAUGCUGCGUGGUCUAUUGUCCUCUCUCUUACCGGUUCCACGGACGACGUGGUCAUGGGUGUUACGCUCUCUGGACGCGAGGCUCCCAUCCCUGGCAUCCUUCAGAUGAGCGGUCCUACGUUGAUGAUUGCUCCUCUUCGGGUCAAGGUCAACAAGGCCAGCUCGUUCGAGGCUCAUCUUGGGGCUGUCCAGUACAGUCUGUGGGAUGUUGCCAGACAUGCGCAGUAUGGCCUGCGCAAAAUCUUGAAAGUCAGUCGCCAGCCCAAGGAUCUGUUCGAUACGACGGUCAACUUCCUGAUCAAAGUGGCGAUGCCAACUCCACCGGGAGGAUUGAAAGUCUUGCCUGAGAAGAACUACGGCACUCACGAUUAUAUCAAGCUGGAGCUCAGCAACGACAGUUUGGAUCGCAUCACUCUGUCCUCGACGCUUGACCCGGCAUAUGCGCAAAUGCUGGUCGAUUCCGUCGCCGUCAUCUUGCAGACAGCAUCCGAUGCACCACUCACCAAGCUUGGGCAAUUGGAGUUGGUGCAGUCGACGGGUAGAGUAAUCAGUGGACUGGAGAAAGUGGUUGAUGGACCGGUGGAAGAAGUUGCACACAGCGAACCGAGGUAUGCAUCCAAGACCGAGGAUCGGAGCUCUACCUCGACAUAUCAAGAUAACGAACUCGGACAUUCCGCGUUCCAUCGGAUUGCUUGCUCCUAUCCAUCGAGAACGGCCGUGGAAGACGCAGCUGGAAACAGCAUCACCUACGCGGGCAUGGCAAUCAAGGUCAACCAGCUCGCCGGCUUGUUGAGAGCCAAGGGUGUGGUGCUGGAGCAGGUGGUGCCCCUUUUGCUGGAGAAAUCCAUCAGCACCAUCGUGGCUAUGCUGGGUGUGCUGGUCUCUGGGGGUGCUUUCCUGCCCCUUGGCCCUGAGAACCCUCGAGAGAGAAACCUGGGUAUCAUGGAGGACUCAGAAGCUAAGGUCGUGAUCACGGAUCGACAGAACGCGAGCUUCUUUGAUGACCUGGUGUACGAUGUGAUUAUCAUCGAUGCCUUGGACUGGGAGACGAUGCCAAUCAAGCGAGAGAUUGUGCCAGAGCUCCGACCUGAUAGCCUGGCCUACCUGAUCUACACCUCAGGCAGCACUGGCAAGCCCAAGGGAACUCUUCUCACGCACCGGGCCCUGGCCACGGCCGUGGAGGGGAUUAUCGAGUCCACCAACAUGGACAACUCCCACCGGAUUCUGUGGGCGCUGAACUACACCUUCGAUGGGUCGUUCUUCUCGCUCUUCGCGGCCCUGGCCACCGGCUGCACGCUGUGUGUUGCGCCGCAGAGCACCAUCGUGGCCAACCUGGCGGGCCUGAUCAACUCCAUGAAGGUCACUGCUGUCUGCGUGACUCCCACCAUGGCUGGUCUCUUCCAUCCCGACGACGUUCCCACGCUGGAAGUCCUGGCCACCGGCGGAGAGCCCGUCACGCCUCACAUGCAGACGGUCUGGGCACCACGCAUCCCGGUUUUCAGCGCAUACGGGCCCACGGAGGCCACGAUCUGUGUGACCACCACCGCCGUCACUCCGGACAUGAACCUGCGCAACAUCGGCCGUCCCUAUCGGAACGUCACGGCGCAGAUCCUCGAUCCCGACACCCUAGAACAGGUCCCAUUCGGCGAAGUGGGCGAGCUCUGCGUUGCCGGACCGCAGCUGGCAAGAGGAUACUUGAAGCGCCCCGAUGCCACCGACAAAGUGUUCCGGAACCAGCCUGGUGGCCGGAUCUACCAAACGGGCGAUCUGGCGCGGUGGCUACCGACCGGCGAGAUCGAGCUCUUUGGCCGCAAAGAUGACCAGGUCAAGAUCAAUGGCUACCGGAUUGAACUGGGCGAGAUUGAGAGUGUCAUUAUGCAAACUGGGCUUUUCAACCAGUGCGCCGUUAUUGCAGCCAAUGUCCUCAAGAAGAAGCAGCUCGUCGCCUUUUGCUCGGCAUCCGCCCCAGUCCCCGGGGAGGCCAAGAUGAAGCUUCUGCCCCCGGCACAGGCGCCCAACAUGGAGGAGGUCAAAGAGCAGCUGAUUACGCUCCCCAAAUACAUGGUGCCUUCAAUCUGGCUUCCUCUCUCGGACUUUCCUCUUAUGGUCUCGGGCAAGAUCGAUCGCAAGCGCUUGCUGGCCCUGGCCGAGGGCAUGGCUGACGACGAGCUGAAAGAGUAUCUGCCCGCCGAAGAGGUGUCGGAGAUCAGCACCGACGCUGAGCGCAAGUUGCAGCUGCUCUGGUCCAAGCUGUUCGACACUCCCGCCGAGGACAUUCACGCCAACUCGACCUUUCACGCCCUGGGCGGCGAUUCCAUCUCUGCGUUGAACCUGGUCAGUCUCCUCCGCCAGGAUGGAUACAAAGUUCGCGUGAACGACAUCCUGACCAGCCGCACCCUACGCGAGCAAGCCACCCUGCUGGUCGAUGAAUCCGAGGCUGUCGUUGCUGCUGCUGCUACGCCAGCCCCCGUGCCGGCCGUCGCCUUCCAGGCCACCGACGCCAUGUACGAGCGUCUGUCCCAGAUGGGCGUCUCCCGAAGCGAUGUGGAGGACAUUUACCCCUGCAGCCCCGGUCAGAUCGAGUUCCUGACCCAAGGCAACAAGCAAGAGCAGUUCUGGCAACUGAUGGCCGUUCGCAGUCUGCCAGCCGACCUCGACUUCGACCAGUGGAUCUCCCUGGCCAUGACUCUCACGCAAAACAGCCAGAUCCUGCGUGCUCUGUAUCUUUACGCCGAUGACCAGCGUGACCCCCGGACCGCCGUCCAAGUGGUGCUCAAGGAUCCCUCCCUCAACCUCACGUACCACACUUACCACACCGACGAAGAGAAGGAGCAGAUCAUCUCCGCCGACUGGGAGCAGCGCUUCGACCCCUCGAAGCCCUUUGUGCGCUACACCCUCCUCACGCACGCCUCCACGGGCACCCGCGACCUGGUCAUCAAGCUCGACCACGCCUCCUACGACGGCACUCUCCUGCACAUCUUCGACGACCAAUUCAAAGCCCUGGCGCGCAACUCGCCACUUCCCCCUCUCACCCCCUUCAAAGACUACAUCAACUACACCUCCUCCAUCCCCAAACAACCCCAACUCACCUACUGGAAAAACCUCCUGCCCUCCUCCCCCUUCACCUUCCCCUCCCAACUCACCAACCCCAAACUCUCCCGCCUCGAAACCCGCCCCAUCAGCAGCACCAUCGGCAUCGACUCCCUCGCCACCACCGCGGGCGUCACCGCACCCAUCGUCUUCCAAACCGCCUUCUCCCUCCUCCUCUCGCACCUCAGCUCCUCCCACGCCGUCACCUACGACAACCUCAUCACCGGCCGCAACGUGCCCCUCCCCAACCCCCAACUCAUCGACGGCACCUGCGCCAACUUCCUCCCUUUCCACUCCACCAUCGACCCCUCCCAACCCAUCACCGAUCUGCUGCAAUCCACUCAGCGCGCGUUUUGGGAUGCCUCGGAGAACGGCCUCGUCUCGCUCAGCGAUAUCUAUGAUGCCUUGGACAUGGAUCGCACUACUGCCGCGGCGAAAUGUCUCUUCUGCUUCCAACCCUUUGACCCCGUUUCGGCGGGUGAGUUGGAGGAUUCAAUGCGGUGGAUCGUCAUGAAGAUGAGUAAGAACAAGAUGUUGUUUAAUUAUGCGGUGCAGUUGGAGGUGGUUAAGGCCAAGGGGAAGGGCGAGUAUGUGUUGCGGUUUGCGUUUGAUGAGCGGGCGUUUCAGAGUGAAGAGGUCACGAGGGCCUUGGAUUGGUAUGUGGGGUGCUUGGAGGGAAUGGCCGGGGGUGAGGUGACCGUUUCUUCCCACUAUAUUUAG